AUUUUAAAUUUGUUCUUUGAAAAAAAAAAGUUGUAAUUAUCUAAGUUGCUAUAUCUUUGUAAUUAUCAAACCAAAAAGAUAUGAUUUCAUAUAAAGUUUUAAUAAUAUUAACUUUUACAAUUAAUAUAAGCCACAGUAAAUAUUCUGAAGAGCAAAUUCUAAAAGAACACAAAAUAUGCGUUGACAAUUUAAAAUUAGUUGGGUUUGUUUAUGAUUUACCAUUAAUAAAUUACGCUUUUGCAAUGAUGUUUGCUACUGAUGCUGGAGUUAUCCCAUUUGAUGCACAAAUAGAAAAGAAAUUAAACGAAAGUGAUAUAAACAAGCAAAAAGAAAUCCAUGGUGAAACACUACUGGGAAAAGAUAAAAUUCGUGAAUAUUUAAAUCAAUACAGCAAUGCAUGUGUUCAAUUUGAUUCUGAUAAUAUUAACCCUCCUGUGUUAAGUCCAGAAGAUUAUUGUAAUGCGCUAAUGAGAGAACGAAAGUGUAUAAAGAAACUCGUGGCGUAUUUAUUUUUAAACAGUAAGUUCAUGAUAUGAUUGACUAUAUUUUUUUAUAAUUAUUAUUU